AUGUCGCUUGUCGGAGUGGAGAAAAGCCUUGAGAUCGCAGUUAGAAAGUUGAAACAAUAUCUGACUGAUCUGCCAAAAUAUGGGAUUGAAGUUAAUGAUGAGGAAGAAAUAGAAAGAUGCUGGUGUAUGGUAAAAAGAGAUAUUCGAUUCUUAGAGGGGUAUGUAGAUACGAUUACUGAGUCACAAGAAAAAUGGGUCAGCAUAGUAAGCAAGAGAAAUCAAGAGGAAGAGCGAAGAGGGUAUGAAGCGGCAUGCGAGGAAGAAGGUGGGUUUUUGGAAAUAGUGGCUGACGCGAAAGAUGCAAUUCAGAAUCUAAAGUGUAGGAUGGAAGAGUUACAGAGAGCAAAAGUAACCUUUGGAAAAUCCGUCAUAAAAGAAGAGAAUGAUGAGAAGCCUUAUAAAAGUGAGUUACCCCAAACAAAACUCCCAGAAUUUAGAGGAGAUCCUCUAGAGUGGCAAGGAUUUUGGGAAAUAUUCGAAUCCUUCAUAGAUAAACAAAAUAUACCAGCCGUGGUCAAGUUUAUGCAUCUAAAAAACUGCUUAGAAGGGAAUGCAAAAACCGUGUUAGAGAGCCUGCCCAUUACGGCCGAGAAUUAUGUCGAAGCUAAGAGUAUACUAGUAGAAAAUUUUGGAAACUCGAGAGUCAUUCGGAAACGUGUCCACCAUUUGUUACAAGCCCUACCUAAGUGUUCGGAAAGAUUAAACGAACUCAAACAUUUCGAUGAUACACUCUCAAAGGCAUGUAGACAAUUCAAAUCCAUCGGAGAGUCAUUAGAAAAUCCUUCUCUAGCCAUGUGUGUUAUCCAAAAGCUUCCAUCCAAAGUAAUCUCUCAAGUACUUGGAGCUGAAGAAGACGAUGAGUAUAAUCUAGAGAAAAUAAGUUAA